AAAGGAGUUAGCGCACCGGAACCGGUCGGUGCUCUGAAAGAGGCAUCGCAAGACAUCGCAGUUGCUAUAUUUUAUCCAUCUAGCGAUCGCGGUUCGUCAUCUUCGUCUCGAGCGACGGAAUCGAGCCUCUGUCCAUUCGCCCGAAUCCCUAGUUCCACGCAGAGGAGAGGGAAAUCGAUCGGAUUGAAUCGUUCUUCGUGGAAAAAGUCAACAGAUGGAAUAAAUCGGGAAGAAGAUGAAAAAGCGCGCAACAAUGGCAAUCCGAAAACCCUCUUCCCAUUCUACCUAACCAUCAGUAUUCGCCUAGCGCCGAUUCGGGGUUCUGGAUCUCUUGUUUGAUGGCCUCAGGCCGUAUUGAGCUCAGGGAAGGUGGGGUUGCGCGGCUUCUUAUUAGCGAUCUCCUUGUUCGUUGAAUCUUCAGGAAUCGGGGUGCGGGCGGGGGUUUUGUGAGGAUGGCGGUCAAUUAUCUGUACCUCUCGGUCUUCAGCACUUCCGCUGGCCUCGUCUUGCUGCAGUGGUGGAUGGUUUCCUCGCUUGAAGGGAUGAAAGCAGAUGGGCCGAUUGGUGAGGAAGGCGGAAGCGGCUCCUCGGUGGGUGCAGGGGGCGGUCUGGAGCUGCUGCUGAACUCUCGCGUGACAGUGGUUCUGCUUGUGAAUUUCGUAAUCAAUGUUUACUUUCUGGUGGCUUCACUGCUCAAGAUGCUAUUCUUUGUCCAGCUGAAUUCAUCAGAGACUAGAAAAGUUUUGGAACGAUUUAUUCAUUACAUUAUAUACAAAGGAACUUUUCUUCCAUUGAUUGUGCCACCGAAGGUUUCUCAUGUGAUCUUAUGGUCCACAUGGUUGAUCUUUCUUUGUUCCAUAAAGAUUUUUCAAUCAAUAGCAAGAGAUCGGCUUGAAAAACUAAAUGCCUCUCCUUCUGUGACCCCUUUGAGCUACUUUCGUGUUUACUCUGCCCUGUUGCUGGUUCUUCUUGCAGAUCUAAUUUGGAUGAAGCUCUGUAUGGUGCUGUGCAGUUCAUACAUUUCUAGCUUGUUUCUGCUAUUGUUCUUUGAGCCUUUAAGUAUAGCUUUUGAUACAUUACAGACCAUUAUGGUACAUGGGUUUCAGUUCAUUGAAAUUUAUCAACGAUGCUCCAAUGAAAAUGUCAGCUUAGACUCCGAUAUUCAGAAAACAGCAGAAUAUCUGAAAACAGCACCAGGCUCUCUAUCUGAAUGGAAGGGCAUUCUCAUCAGACAUUGUGGUUUCAUUCUAGAUAUGAUGACAUUGCUAACAGCACUAGGCCAUUACUUUGUUAUCUGGUGGCUUCAUGGCUUAGCAUUUCAUCUAGUAGACGUAGUUCUUUUUCUUAAUAUGCGUGCUCUUAUAAGUGCAAUUGCUAAGCGAAUUAGAACAUAUCUUAAGUUGAGGAAAGCCCUUACUUCCCUAGAUGGAGCACUUCCUGAUGCUACAUAUGAGGAACUUCGUGCUUUUGACGAUGAGUGUGCAAUAUGCCGAGGACCAAUGGUGAGGGCCAAAAAACUGUCAUGCAAUCAUCUAUUCCAUCUCGUGUGUUUGAGAUCUUGGCUCGACCAGGGUUUGACUGAUGUCUACUCUUGCCCAACAUGCCGGAGGCCAUUAUUUACUUCUAAUGUUCAAGGAGGCAUAAGGUCUGCUUCUGGAAAUGCUAUAGAUGGGCAACAAGUUGCUGAACAUCUGAAUUUAGGAUUGAACCAACAAAGAGUUCCUGGUCAUGCACCUUUAGGAGCAUCUCCAAACCCAUCACAGAAUACUUCGGAUACAAUCUGGAGGGGUGCUGCAUUCGACUCCAGUUUGACACCUACAUGGAUGAACCAAGGGAUCGAUGGUGCUAGUUCAUCAAGUUCAGUCACAUCCGUAGGAUUUGGCGGGGUUCAGAUGAUGAUGAGGCAGCUUGCAUCUGUUAGUGAAAACUUUGCUCAGGGUUCUCUACAUGAUUCAGCUUGGAAUCUGUGGCUUCCUCAGCAUACUGCGAUUCCUCAUAUUCCUCCAUCCUCCUCCACGAGGCUGAAUAGAAAUGCAGCUGGUUUACGGAUCAGGAACGCCACAUCCCCGGUUAACAGUAAUAUGUCAGAGUUACUCACUAUGGUUGAUAGAGUGCGUGAGGUGUUGCCACAUGUUCCCGACGAACUAAUUGUGCAGGAUUUACUGAGAACCAACAACAUCAACAUCACUGUGAAUAAUCUUCUUGUACAAUAAUAACCCUAGUGGGCAUAACUCAUAGCAACUAUAAAGCUUUGUAUAUUUAAGACGGCAGAUAUAGGUUAUUAAAAGAGCUAUCGGCAUGACUUUGUAUUUACAUUUUCAUAAGUCUCGAAUCCAACGGAAAGAGCGAGAAAAAAAAAAGACA